AUGCAGUCAAUUAGACAGAAAGCCAAGGCGCGUCCGGACCCGGUAUCAUGUCAAUCAUGUCGAUCGAAAAAGUUGAAAUGCAAUCGGAUCCAGCCGUGCUCGAAUUGUGCUGCACGCGGCAUCAACUGUCAUUUCCUAGUUCCGCCCCUGGGACGAUCAGAGACGGCUGCUACAGAAUACAAUCCUGCGGAUAUUAUAGGGCGUAUUCAGCGAUUAGAGUCUGUUGUUCUCCAGUCGCCUCCUAGCGAUGCUCGUUCACAGCAUGCGUCCGAUGAUAAUCUUCGUCGCGCAAACCUAUCGUCAUUCACACCCAUUUCAGGCCACAUCGUGGAGCCCGACGUCCACCAUAAUCGAGACAAAGACUCACAGUUCCUAGAGAAUAUUGCAACAAGAGAAGAUGAACUAAUUUCUCCCUUAUCUUGUAGCCUAGUCUUUAGAAUAGGCAGAGCACACGAAAUCCAUAAAGAAAGAGUUGCUACCCAGCAAGCAGUAGCUAUCCCGGAUCAAUAUCUGUUAACCAAUACUGUUGUGACAUUUCCAACAUACCGAGAAGCAACCCUACUAUUCCAGAAUUUUGAAUCGAAUAUAGAUCACAUGUGUCGCAUUUUACACAUCCCUACUAUUCGGUCUCUUAUAAAAACGGUUUAUAUGAAAAUUAGCCAAGGCGAAUCUGUUCCGCUUGGACAAGCUGGAUUGCUGCUUUCUAUCUUUGCGCUUUCUGGGUUCUUCUAUCGAUGCUCCGAGGAUUCCGAAAUAGCAACUAGUGAACAAGAGGCCGUCCAUAUCUCAAAGGUCAUAGGCAAGACGGCCUUAGAUGUUCUAGACCAUUCACGCAGGAAUACGUCAGGUACAUUGGAAGAUGUCCAAGCUUACAUCUUCAUGUCUCUCCUUUCGUUCCAUCUUGAUGGAUUUUCGGCAAGAGGCCGUCUUCUAUCAACCACGGCGGCCUCUAUUGCUAGGGAUCUUCGUCUACAUCGAUUAGAUGCCGAAGACGAGAACACUGCUGAGAAGGUGCCCAGCAUUCGUGUUUUGAUAGAUCGCGAGGUUAGACGUAGGGUAUUUUGGCAUAUUACAGCCGAAGACUGGUUACAGUCAACUAUUAGCGGACCUCAAGAGGGCAUGUACUUCAUCCAUCCAAAUCAUAUAAAUGUCAAGCUUCCAAAAUACCAUUUCGAUGACGAAAUUUCCUUGAGCGAGGAGAAUGAGUCCAUAGAUGGUCCUCCGCCAAGUGGCGUGGCUUUUCUUCUCGAAAGGAUUCGACUUGCGCAUCUGUGCAGAGAAGUGGCUGACAUAGUGCCAUUGGAGGCCUCAAAGGCUAUGCAGAUUCCAUACGAGAAUAUCAUAGCUCUGGACAAGAAAUUACAAGAUUUUAUCUCAAGCCUGCCUUUCUUCUUUAAGACUGAUCCCGAAAGUCGGGAGAAGAGUAGGAGAUUCGAGACGGUAUAUCCUUACAUCCCUCAUAUGAGAUAUGCCAUCACCAACGCAGCUCACAGUAGACGGUGCAAGCUACACCAAAGAUUUCUACUACGGCAAUCUCGUGAUUCUAGGUAUUCUUACUCGAGACUAGCUUGUCUAGAAUCAGCAUGUGCAGUCAUUGAGGGGUACGAAGAUCCGGCCGAGUUUGACUCCCCUGCUUACACGACAGCCCGAAUGGGACUGGCUAUGCACUACAUGCAUCUUGCGUUGGUAGUUAUGGUCAUGGAUUUAUGCUUCAAUAGGCACGAAGCAGACGGGACAGAGAUUAAGGCUAAGGUGAGGGCGGCUUUCCAGAAGUUUGAUGAUGACAGACACAUCUCUCCGCUUCCUAGUCGUUUCCUAAGUUCAUUACGCGACGUCUUGCAGAAGCAUGAAGUAUAUCUUAAUCAUCAACCCGUUUCAUCAUCCGAGAAUGCUGCUGGCGUUGCUAGUGAGAUCAACGCUGGCGGCUUCAGUCUUCUUCCUGACAUCCAGAUGCAGCCCGAGCUUAGUCUGGAUAUGCAAACCGCAGAAGGUGGCCUUGACAGUUCAUUCGACGAGUUCUGGCAGUUUGCAAGUCAAAGCGAGAUGAAUCCCGAUUCGAUAACGUGGGAUAACCUGUUCGCGGCUCUCGAUACGAGGCCGAUAUGA